CGUCCCCUCCAGACUCUCCUCCUCUUAGUACUAACAGUGAGCGCCAGUGAGCGUUGAAGUCCUGUUUCAUCUGAUGAGGGCUCACUGGACUGUUUAAUUGUCCAUUUUUGUAAUUCUCGAUAAUUUUGAAUCUUGAUCAUAACUGCCAUGGCAAACAUGAUUGACCUGAAAGAGUUCGUGUUUGACCGCGUUCUGGAUGAAAACACGCUCGCACAUACACUCGCCGUCCUGGGCACGCUGCCUUCCCCAUCGGCACCUUCUACACCGCUUCGUACCAUCCUUCGCUUCGAGCGCACGGCCCUGUCAUCUACUGUCGCUUCCCAGCUCUCAUCCGGCAUUCUUGAGUCUACUAAGCAGAUCGGAAGCACUGAUAUCUACUCGUGGUUCUUUGCAUGGCUUAACAAGCGCGAUGACUUCCCUGACGUGAAGAUCUAUGUCAUCUGCCCCGCCACCGACGUCCACAUCCGCAAGUAUACAAAGCAGGACGUGCUCAUGGUGCACGAGACCCCCGCUCUCUACCAGUCUAUCGUCAAACCAUACAUCCUCGCCUUCGACCCCGCACGCACACAAUGGGUCCAGGACAUCCUCGUAGGUACCGCCGAAGCGUCCAAUAUCCUGAAUGCCUCUCCGGACUUCCUCAUCCUUCCCGACAUGAAAUGGGACACGACCAAUGUAUCCGCCCUCUACCUCCUCGCACUCUAUACGCACUCUGACGUGCACUGUAUGCGCGAUCUCCGCAAGAAGCCGCACUUGGGUAUGCUCAAGACCCUCAGGAGAGAUGCUUGGAGAGUUGUGCAGGAUAAGUGGGGUAUCGGCCGUGGUGGCGUCAGGAUGUACGUCCAUUACCAGCCGAGUUAUUACCACUUUCACGUGCACAUUGUCCACACGGGCCAUGUUGGGCUGAACGGCAUGGUGGUGGGGCAAGCCCACCUUCUGGAUGAUAUAAUUUCGCUGCUUGAAUUAGACUCGGAAGAUGGCCCUUCUAUCCUUGAGCGCAUGACGCUUACUUACGGACUUGGCACAGAACAUGGCUUAUACAAACCCAUGGCUGCAACACUUGCAGAGGUGCAUGAUACGGAUUAGAUGGCGAUGGAGGAUGUAGAGCACCGGCAGGGAACUGAAGAUACCGUGAAAAGCUAUAUAUACAAAGGUCUAGAUCAGCAGGAAGUACUAACAAUACUAUGCAUGAAAAAAUCCUUCAG